UCUGCACUCUCUAUAUCCGCUGGUUUGCUAGGGUUUGCUUUUACUCUUCUCCGGCUGUUCGUUGCCCUUCGCCUUCGCCUUCGCCUUCGCCUUCGUGGCGUGAGGGAUAGAGUUUUGAACACGUCGCUAAAUAACUUCCUCGCCUUCUUCGACGACGUUCCUUCCUGUCGGAUCCAAAGUCACACCUCCUCGCCGUUAUUCUGUCGGAUCGGAAGUAACGACGACGACGGGAGCUUGCUCGUUGCGAAGAUAUUAUAUAUGGACUUAAAUGCAUCUCCUUUACCUGAAGAUGAUGAGCUGCCUACUCAAGAACCUGUUGAGGAUUUGAUUUUAGAUCAACCAAUAAAUGAGUCAUCCGUUCAGACCUUGCAUAGAGAAAGGGAAGAACGGCGCCGUCGGUUGAAAAGAGAGAAUAGAGAUGAAGUUCCCAGGCAGCAUGCACAAUUUGCCAGGAAUGACUUCAUGAUUCAAAGUAAAGGAUCUAGAUAUGCUGGAAAAAUAAGACCAAUUCCACAUGGUUGGUUGGAUUGCCCUCCAUUUGGUCAGUGCUUAGAAGGAAGUAUUGUUCCUUCAAAAGUUCCUUUGGAUGAAACCUAUAAUGAUGCAGUUAUUCCUGGAAGAAGAUAUUCUUCAAAGCAAGUGAUUAACGGCCAAAGAAGAUUUGGUCGUGAACUUGGUUUGGUCGUGGAUUUGACAAAUACAACCCGAUAUUAUUCUCCAUUAGAAUAUACAAAGCUGGGCAUUAAGUAUAUUAAGAUUGCAUGCAAGGGACGUGAUGCUGUGCCAGAUAACGAGUCUGUGAAUAAAUUUGUUUAUGAGGUCAUGCAGUUUAUUGGCCGCCAAAAGCAUUCUCGUAAAGCUGUACUUGUUCAUUGCACUCAUGGCCAUAAUCGCACUGGCUUUAUGAUUGUCCAUUAUCUUAUACGCACUAAAUUGUGUUCUGUUACUGAGGCUCUUGAUCUAUUUAAGGUGGCACGUCCUCCAGGAAUCUAUAAAAGGGAUUAUAUAGAGGCAUUGUAUUCUUUUUAUCAUGAAUGCCCUGAAAAAUUGGUUUGCCCUCCCACUCCUGAUUGGAAAAGAUCUUCUGAUCUUGAUUUGAAUGGCGAAGCUGUGCAGGAUCAAGAUGAUGAGGAGGAUGGUGAUAAUAUUGGUCUUUUACAUGAGCAGCAUGUGGAGAACGGUCCUAUAACUAACGAUGAUGUUUUAGGGGAUGCAGUUUGCUAUGAUGAGCAAGAGUUUUUGCGCCAAAAAUGCUACUCUCUGUUUGAAUUGUCUCCCACCGGGAAGGGAACUUCACAAUUUCCAGGAUCUCAUCCUGUAUCUCUGAAUAGAGACAAUUUACAACUUCUGAGGCAGCGCUACUAUUAUGCCACAUGGAAAGCUGAUGGUACCAGAUAUAUGAUGCUUAUUGCCUUACAUGGCUGCUACUUGAUUGAUCGAAAUUUCUGCUUUCGGAGGGUACAAUUACGUUUUCCAUUGAAGGUUGAGUUUGAGGGUUACCUUUUCCAUCACUACACGUUAAUUGAUGGGGAAAUGAUCAUUGAUGCUGUACCUGAUAUCGGACUGAAGAGGAGAUACCUGGCCUAUGAUUUAAUAGCCCUUAAUAAUCAGUCCGUUAUAAAGUUGCCCUUUUCUGAGCGGUGGAAAUUACUUGAAGAAGAAGUCAUUCGGCCUCGAAACAAUGAAAAGAAGUAUAUUGACCGUGAAGGAAAGGGGAAUUUAACAUAUAGAUACGAAAUGGAGCCAUUUGGAGUCAGGCGGAAGGAUUUUUGGUUAUUAUCAACUGUUGGUAAACUUUUGAAAGGGUUUAUCCCUAGUCUUUCACAUGCAUCUGAUGGGCUUAUAUUCCAGGGUUGGGAUGACCCAUAUGUUCCUCGCACGCAUGAAGGUCUUUUAAAGUGGAAAUAUCCUGAAAUGAAUUCAGUUGACUUCCUGUUUGAGAUUGGGACUGACAAUCGCCAAUCAGUUUUUCUUUAUGAGAGAGGAAAGAAGAAGCUUAUGGAUGGUUACAGAGUAGCUUUUAAGGAUGCAGGAUUGUCUUAAGGCCGCUCAAGAUGAACUGUGGACAUCAAUGUGCUCUUUAGGUGCAUAGCUUUCUGAUGAGGACAUCAGAUUUCGACACGUGUAUCAUCGCCGGAGACGCAGAUCGACGGCUACAAUCCAAAGCCUUUAUUUCUGAUUUACUUGUAUUUUAUUUAUGCUUUUAUUUUUAUUUUCCUAGUUUUCCCCUGUGGGCAUUGAGUCAUUUAUGUAGCCCUAAGGGCAUUUGUGUCAGUUUCAUUUUAUUUUAUCUUGGCCUAUUUAAAGGAGGCCUCAUGCAAUGUAUGUUAUUGAUGAAUGAUUAAAUGAAAAAGUUUAUUCUAAUUGUGUGAUC